AUGUCGGAGAGCGGGGGGGAGACGGACAAGAACAUCGAGAUCUGGAAGAUCAAGAAGAUGAUAAAGGCCCUGGAAUCGGCCCGCGGGAACGGGACGAGCAUGAUCUCCCUGAUCAUGCCCCCCCGCGACCAGAUCUCCCGCGUGGCUAAGAUGCUCGGCGACGAGUACGGCACCGCCUCCAACAUUAAGAGCCGGGUCAACCGCCAGUCCGUGCUCGGGGCGAUCACCUCCGCCCAGCAGCGCCUCAAGCUCCACUCCAAGGUCCCCCCCAACGGGCUCGUCCUCUACACGGGCACCAUCAUCACGGACGACGGCAAGGAGAAGAAGAUCACCAUGGAUCUGGAGCCCUUCAAGCCCAUCAACGCCUCCCUCUACCUCUGCGACAACAAGUUCCACACCGAGGCCCUCAACGAGCUCCUGGAGUCCGACGACAAGUUCGGCUUCAUCGUCAUGGACGGCAACGGCACCCUCUUCGGCACCCUCAGCGGCAACUCCCGCGAGAUCCUCCACAAAUUCACCGUCGACCUCCCCAAGAAGCACGGCCGCGGCGGCCAGUCCGCCCUCCGCUUUGCCCGCCUCCGCAUGGAGAAGCGCCACAACUACGUGCGCAAGACCGCCGAGCUCGCCACCCAGUUCUUCAUCAACCCCGCCACCAGCCAGCCCAACGUCGCCGGCCUCAUCCUCGCCGGCUCUGCCGACUUCAAGACCGAGCUCAGCCAGUCCGACAUGUUCGAUCAGCGGCUCCAGGCCAAGAUCCUCAACGUGGUGGACGUCUCCUACGGCGGCGAGAACGGGUUCAACCAGGCCAUCGAGCUCUCCGCGGAGAUCCUCUCCAACGUGAAGUUCAUCCAGGAGAAGCGCCUCAUCGGCAAGUACUUCGAGGAGAUAAGCCAGGACACGGGCAAGUACGUCUUCGGCGUGGAGGACACCUUGAAGGCGCUGGAGAUGGGCGCGGUGGAGACGCUGAUCGUGUGGGAGAACCUCGAGAUGGGGCGCUACGUGAUGAAGAACGCGGCCACGGGGGAGGUGGUGGUGCGGCAUCUGGGCAAGGACCAGCUGGGGGAGGCGUCUGGGCCCGAGAUGGAGGUGCAGGAGCACAUGCCGCUGCUCGAGUGGUUCGCCAACGAGUACAAGGCGUUUGGCUGCACGCUGGAGUUUGUGACCAACAAGUCGCAGGAGGGCUCGCAGUUCUGCCGAGGGUUUGGGGGCAUCGGGGGGAUCCUGCGGUACCAGCUGGACCUCCGCUCCCUGGACGAGCCCUCCGACAUUGAGGACGACGAUGAGGACGACGACGCUGACGACUACUAG